AUCCGUUCUGUAGCGCUGGAACGAUAUGCGAUCGGCGACCAAGAGCAAGAUGACAAAGAUACAGAACUAUGUCCGCGAGCAUGGUGAAGAUUGUCCGUACAAGCUGAACCUGGUGGAGCGACUCAUUUGGGACACGUUUAGCGUGAAGCCGGAAGAGUACAUGAAGGACUUGAAUCUGAAGCUGUGGCGCGAGAAGCAGCAGCCAAGGACGGAUGGUACGGUUGGAGGACCGCAGCACCAAUCCGCGGUUGAUAGUGUUUCGUCCUGCUCGUCGCAAAUGUCGGCCGAGCAGAACUUUGACAUGGGAUGGAAUCAGGUGGCAACGACAACGACAGGCCACGAUACUGGUUUAGGGUGGAACUCGCCAAUGCCGUCCUCUUUCGCAUCCAUGAGCAGGGACAACAGCAUGGUGGAGGAUUCUAAUCAAACGGUUGGAGGAUUUUAUUCCACCUCUAGCUGCACCCUGCAUUCGGACCAGAACUAUGGAGCACAAUCGUCAACGGCUAUGGCCAUGGGAUAUCAAGGAUAUGCCGGUGGGUCUUCAAACCAGUGGACAUCCUCCUGUUCUGAGCUGCGAGACGAAGCUUCACUCCAUCAUCCGCCAAAGAUUGCUUCCUCGACAGAUCUCGUGCCCGGCAGUAAGAUGCUGCGGGAGUUGAACAAACUGUUCGAUCUGGUGCUGAAACAGAACGAAGAGAUACUCGCCUUAUUAAGACAGCCAAACAGUGAACAUUAA